UUCAAACAAAUCGGCGGAAAAGAAUACAUAUACAUGAUAGGGGCACUCACUGCAAAGGUUCUCGCAUGAUUAAGACCGGACCGGUCAAAGUCUCGAUAGUUUUGUCACGCAGCGUAAAACCAAAAGCCAUAUUUUUCGACGGACUAUACAGAACCAUCUAAAUAUUGAACACCCAUGUGGGUUCAAAACACACUUUACAGAUGUCCCGACCGUCGCUUACAGCAAAAUUCGACCGUGUACCAUGUACACACCCACCGACGUACCCUGCGUACGCACCCAACCCGCCUUAACAUACACGACAGUGUUUAUGUGCCGGUCCAAGAUUGAAUUCCAUAAAAAACGAGAAAAGCCGUAAAAAUAUGACGCUUUAUAUAAUAAUAUAAUAUUAUAAGCGCUCUUUCCCCGCGUUUUUUUCUUUUUCAUUCCGUCGGUGCGGUAUGGACACGGCGCGAAUAUCGCACUCGUGAGGCCCUCGCGGGGACGUUUUACGAGCCCAUACGCGUAAAUAUAUUAUUAUAUUAUUUACGCCGUCGGCGGAGACCGUGUACGAGACGCGUCAUCGCCGCCUCUUUUUGUUUUCAUCGCGAUUUUUUUUUCACCGAUUCCCACACCGCGCGCCGUACCUACCCGUUGCCACUAUACGUCAUAACAAUAUUAUAACCGCUCCCCAGGCGCUCGUUCGUCCACCGGCAAAUUUAUACGGCGCGGCGCGGAUUUCGCGACAACGACGGACGCCUUUGGCACUUCCCCGCGGACCAUUGCCCCCUCCUUUGCAGUCGAGAUUAUUUUGGUACCGGACCGGGCGGUGCGCGCGGUCGAAAUAGCCGCCGAAUGCAGUCGGUCGCGGCGGACUGCAUAACACAGUGCGCGGACAUCCCAGCGCUGUCCGACAACCCCGCAGCUAUACCGUAUAAAGUAUAUAUAAUAUUGCGUACAUGUCGUCGUCCGGCGGCACGGAGACAACGGUAGACGGCGCCGCGCCGCCGUACGCGGUAGUCGAGUCACCGGAACUGGGCCGACACUGGGUGGCCGCUCGGGACAUCGCGGCCGGCGAGGUGCUGCUCGAGGAACGACCGCUCGUCGUCGGCCCCAAGGCCGGAUCGCCGCCCGUCUGCCUGACGUGUUACGCACCCACUGCGGGUUACAAGUGUUCGAAGUGUGGUUGGCCGGUGUGCGGGCCGCGGUGCGAAGAGGCUCCCGUGCACCGGGACGCCGAAUGUUCGAUGAUUGACGGCCACUACGACAGCCGACGGUCGGCCGCGUACUGCUUCGUGAUGCCGCUCCGGUGCAUGCUGCUGCUGCACCAGCGGGACGGUCGCCGGGCCGCGGAGUUCCGAUCUCUACAGUCGCACCUGGACGACAGGUUGGACACGCCGCUGUACCGUGCGUACGCCGUCAACGUGGCUGCAUUCGUGUUGGACCGGCUGGGCCUGCGGUCGGUGGGCCACGGUCACGAUCACCGGUCCGCUCUUGAGGCGGCUGCUGUGCUGGACACCAACGCGUUUGAAGUGCGACGGUCGGGUGGCCGCAAGUUCCGGGCUGUAUACGCGCGCGCGUCCAUGAUGGCCCACUGUUGUACGCCGAACACCAAACACGUGUUUGUCGGUGACGAGACUGACGGUCAGCCGGCCAUCCGCGUGGUGGCUGCGGUGCCCAUAGCUCGUGGAUGCCCCAUCACGGCCACGUACACGCAGACGCUGUGGUGCACGCGAGACCGGCGCCGGCACCUGUCGGCCGCAAAAUGUUUCGAAUGCGCGUGCGCGCGGUGCACCGAUCCCGUGGAACUGGGUACGCAUUUGGGCUCGGUGGCCUGCGACGGUGGCCAGUGUCCUGGUGGUCGGGCCACAGCCGAGGGCCGAUGGUUGUGCACCACUUGCGGACGACUCGCAACCGACGUUGAAGCGGCCCACGCGCUGCAGGCCGUCGGAGCGCUUUCCAAGACCCGCGACUGCGCCGGUUUCGAACGGUUCCUGGAACGAGUCCGUGACGGAACGAUGCCGCCGCUGCACGCCGACCACCACAUCACAGUGGGCGUCAAGUACGCACUGGCCCAACUAUACGCUGAUCGGAUUUCGGAUCUAUCCACAAAACAACUGGAAAACAAUACGGACAUAUGCGAGCAACUGUUGCGGCUAGCCGAUGUCCUGGAACCGGGAAUCACGCGAUUCCGUGGCCUACUGCUCUACUACUUGGUGCGCGGUCUUAGACAGCUGAAACGGAUGAAACACAGACGGAACUACGACGAGAUGAUCAAGAAUUACACCGGAGAAGCGGUCAUCAUUCUGAAAACCGAACCCGAUCUGGUGCAUUUGGUCGAACAGUUACAAUGACGACGCGAUCCUUAAAAUGUCUAUACUUCGGUCACCGCCAAAUGUUUAUUAUGCUUUAGUACAAUAGCAGUGUUCCGUUUUUAUUAUAAUCGAUAGUUCUUUUUUUGUUUUUGCUAUUAUCGCCAUAAUAAACCACGCGAGCAACGCUGCAGGGUUUGAAACCAUUCGUUCAUAUUCGCAUUGUAUAAUAUAUAUUUUACUGAGAUCGCAAUUAAUUUUACGAGUUUACUAACCACUUCAACAAUAGGUUGUAGGUAUACGAUUGAAAUCGAUAUAAUAUUAUCAUGUAUCUAAUAUUGUAUGUGGUUAAAACAAUUAUAAAAAAAAAAUAAAUGUAAAAUGUUUGUUGGGUAAUAUAGAAUAACAGUAUAUAACA